GAUUCUACAGUUAUGACCCCUCAAAGGAUGUCACCAUGCAACUUAUAAGAAUUGCUGCUUUUGAGCUUGGACCUGGCUGAUCCAGUUGAAUUGUUCUGACCCUCAUCCUGUCAUCGGGGUCAACAAACUUCUUUUACAUCAGACUUGAAGGUCAAUACACUUUUCAGCAUGUGGCUAAGGAUGCUGAGGUCUCGACCUGUCCACAUGGCACUGGUGUCAGGGAUCAGCGUCUAUGUUCUUUUAACUGUCAUUGGGAUGUUGGUGCAAAGUAACCAAGAACAAGGUAUCCAAGCGAAGCAGCGGUACAUUGAUCUUGCAAGGCGUGUCCAACGAGGUGACCAGGGAGUCGUUCUCAUGGAUAACCAUGCCGCUGGCAUUGAUAAAGAAGCACUUGUGGCUGCGCCAGGGGGUGAAGCCAACUUCAUCUACCUUGGGAAACAGGGCGAAUCGCCUGUGGAGUCGGGCAAGCUGAACAAAAUCGCCAAUAUGUUAGAGAACAUCGAGGCUAAGCUGGGCGAUCCCAAGAAAGAUGGCAAUGUGAACAAAGAGUUCAAAGACGUUAAAGAUGCCAUCAGGGAAAUGAUUGGAAAGGGAACAGGAGAUGUAGAACACAAAGAGGAGAAAGAACUGAAAGUGGUUUUAGAACAGCCUGCUGAGCCAGAGCCGCUGGAAAAUGUUGGCAUUGACGCUUUACCCUUCGUUAAUGAUCCAUCUCAGUCAGCUUCUCAAUGUCCAAAGACAGUACAAACUCUUGCCAAAUAUUCAAAAUGGUUCCGUACGCGAUACGAACAUGGGAUCAAACUUUUUGCCAACUUGGAUGACAUCAAGUCUUACUCAGUUUACCAUAAGCUGGAGCAUUACACACCACCGUUUGGCUUCAAGAGGACGAAAAGAGAACAGCUUGGAAGGGUUAUGAGCCAUCCUAAUUUCACCAACUCAGGUCUUUUUGGUGAUAAAAAGCGCCCUCAAUGUUUACGCUGUGCGGUGGUUGGCUGCGGGGGCAUCUUAAAUGGAUCCAAUGCCGGCCCUGAAAUCGAUAGCCAUGAUCUUGUGUUCAGAUUAAACAGAGCAAUGUCAUCUGGUCGUUUUGCUCAGGAUGUUGGCGUGAAGACAAGUCUUUAUACCUUCUUUCCAGAAUCAAUGCAUGCCCAGGAUGUCAUUGAUGAUAGUGCAAUGUAUGUAUACACCAUGUUCAAACAGUACGAUGUUGAUUACAUGGAGAGUAUUAUCAACAGUCAACCUCCACCUAUUUAUGUUUCAAAAGGCAAAAAAUAUAAACUGAAGAAGCCACCUAUACCGCCUGACAGGCUAAAGCUCUUACAUCCAGACUUCUCCCGUUAUGUCUUUACAAGAUACCUAGAUGGCAAAUCACAUAGACCAACCACAGGUGCCUUAGUAGUGAUGCUAGCAGUCCACAUUUGUGACGAGGUAACAAUCUAUGGGUUCGGUUACGACCAGCGCUUCACGCUACACUACUACGACAAGAACUUUGUAAACCACACCGACAAAUCCACGGCCCUUCACGAUAUCGACAACGAGAGAGGGCUUUGGAACAAGCUGCACGAAGAGGGAGUUAUCCGAUUUUUCAAACGGGACUUAUGACGGGAAUAACAACUAUUCUUGUUCAUCUGUGUGUGGUUAGGAACAACGUUUCAAAUUCCACUUUUAAUGGGAUCAUCAUCAUCCUCUUACAAAAUCAAGGCCCUUUCACAACAUCAAUAAUAAGAUGCAGCGGCUGUCAAAGUAUCACAAGAGGGCGCUAUCAGCUUCUCCAACAUGGUCUUGAGAGAGGACGACCAAAUAUUUGCUCUCAUCUUGUAACAACUCCUCACAGUGUUGUCUUAUGUAAUCCACCAACAUGGGAAUUCUGUGCUGUGUCAUGUAUAACAGUAAAUUGCAAAUAUUCUAUAAUGGGUGAUAUGUCUUAAAGAAUAUUGUAAUGGAUACCUCUUGAAAUACCAGGGAGGUGUUUCACAAAGAUUUAAGUGUGAUUUAGAGUCACACUUUAAUGCUGACGCGUACAUAAUAUGCAACGCGCAAUCUUAUUUGUUAAUAUGCAGUAGUGCACAUCCUCUCGGCAUGAUCUUACCAAUGCGGUCAUGCCUUUCAUAACGCAAGCAACUAGGCAUUUAAAUUUUGUAACCAGUGGACUAUCAACCAAUCAGAUUGAAGGAUUUCAGUAGCUUGUAACUGUUCUUGCAAUUUUUUUCAUUAUAACCAGUUUUUUAAAAGGGCCCCAGAAUUUUUCAGCUGCACUGCAAUCAAAUGAAGCAAUAAAUGGAGAGUAAUUAUUACAUAUUCUCCAACAGUCCAUUGUCUCAGUAAAUAGCAAAUUAGCACUUCACAAAUUAACAUAAUUUCAAUGGUCACAUUUUACACACCUUUAGAGGCUAAUACACAUCCAGCGUUUUAACAUUUAUCACAAUUACAUUUCUUUUACAAAAUUUGUCUUGUGCCAAAUAUAGUACUAAAUAUACCACUUUAAAAUGUUUGUACUUACAUUCCAUUAUGAAUAUUGUAUAUGUAUAUGAUGAAGUUCAAUUAAUGGAAUGUAUAUGUUGUAGCAUGUAGCUCAGGUAGCAAAGAAAUAUACAAUGAUGUAAAAGCAUGACAAUCUUUUUAUAAACUCAAUUGACCUGGAUUAAGUAUGUAGAGAUUAUCUCCUGCAGUAAUUGUAAUUUUACAAUGAUAGAUUCACGAAGUUCACCGAAAGAAAGCAACGCUGAAAUUUCAGCAUUAUGUAGCUAGCGAUAGAGAUAUGAAUGUUUUAUGACAUAAAUGACAUUGUAUUACGUUCUCUGUUUAUAAAGGUUUCCAUGGCGAAGAAAGAGUGUAGUGGUUUAACGGUACACCAUCUCUUCUUUCAUAGGCAUGUGUUGGUCCUGAAAAAGAAAGUGUUUGGAUUUUCCUGAAAAGACUACUUAAUCGUUGAAAAUCAGAGCCAUUUUUGCUUCAUCUUUUGGCUGGAAUAUUACUCAUUUUUUUCCCUCCUCUUUCUCAAUUGUCAGCUUAGACCAAAAAAUUAAGUGACCAGC